AGCAAAACGAACCAGUGCGCAUGUGUGGAACAUUCGAUCACUGGUGGUGUGGCUAACGGCUAGGCUACGGAUCCAGCCAACAUGGAGAGAAAAGUUCUGGCACUCCAGGCGAGGAAGAAGAGGGCGAAAGCAAAGAAGACCAGCAAAAAGCAGCCAGUCAAUCCCAGAGCUCGACAACCAACCCAGCUGGAGGCCUCACCUCAGGAACCAGAGGAACCUGAGGAGAUUCUUGGCUCUGAUGAUGAGGAACAGGAGGACCCAAAUGACUACUGCAAGGGUGGCUACCAUCAUGUGAAAGUAGGAGACCUUUACAAUGGAAAAUACCAUGUGAUCCGGAAACUUGGCUGGGGACAUUUCUCCACCGUGUGGCUCGCUUGGGACAUCCAGGCAAAGAGGUUUGUUGCAAUGAAGGUGGUAAAGAGUGCCGAACAUUACACAGAGACAGCAGUGGAUGAGAUCAAACUCCUCAGAUCUGUAAGAAACUCAGACCCCGAUGAUCCCAAACGGGAGAUGGUGGUCCAGCUGCUAGACGACUUCAAGAUCUCUGGGGUGAAUGGAACACAUGUUUGCAUGGUGUUUGAAGUGUUGGGCCAUCACUUAUUAAAGUGGAUAAUUAAGUCCAAUUACCAGGGGCUGCCUCUGCCGUGUGUGAAGAGCAUCAUAAAACAGGUACUCCAAGGGCUUGACUACCUGCACACAAAAUGCCAGAUCAUCCACACUGACAUAAAGCCAGAGAAUAUUCUGAUGAGUGUUGAUGAGCCUUACAUCCGCAAGCUGGCAGCUGAAGCCACAGAGUGGCAGAGGGCUGGGGCGCCUCCCCCCUCCGGCUCAGCAAUAAGCACAGCACCUGCACCCAAACAGAUGGCAAAAAUGUCCAAGAACAAGAAAAAGAAGUUAAAAAAGAAACAGAAACGUCAGGCAGAGCUGCUGGAGAAGUGCAUUUUGGAUCUGGAGGAGAUGGAAAAGACCACAGAGACCAGAGAUGAGGAAGAUGAUGACUAUGAGGACCCACAGUCGCCAAAGGGACGGGCCUGCGCCCCUCUCAGACAGGUCUCUCUUCAGGAAUUGGGGAAUGAGGAAACAGAAGAGAGCGGCGUGAGUGCAGAUCCAUUGAGGACGGGACCAGAAGCACUGUCAGAGGUGAACUGUAAUGGCCACGUAGAAGUGGACCAGAGGCAGUCCCAAUGGAGGGACGAAGAUCAACACAACGGCAACACAGAGCAAACAGAGAAAUGCACCAAUCAGGAGGAGCAACACAACAAGUCUGCUGUGCACCCUGUCUGCAACGGCAUGGACUCUGCAGAUAGUAAGGAGCUGGACAUUGAGACUGAAGACAGGGGGGCUCAAAGCAGUGGAGUCACAGAGAGUUAUCUUCCUGCUGGCCUGACUGGUCUGGAGGAGGGAGAGCUGGUGCAAAGCAUUUUACAGGACGAGACAGACGACUGUGAAUACGCAACCAAGGAAAGCCUGAGAAACGGAAAGCUAACAGCAGGAUCCCUGCUAGUUAACCCCCUCGAGCCACUCAAUGCAGACAAGAUCAAGGUCAAGAUUGCAGACUUGGGAAAUGCCUGCUGGGUGCACAAGCACUUUACAGAAGACAUCCAAACACGACAGUACCGCUCCUUAGAGGUGCUCAUAGGCGCUGGAUACAGCACACCGGCUGACAUUUGGAGCACAGCCUGCAUGGCUUUUGAGCUCGCCACAGGGGACUACUUGUUUGAACCACAUUCUGGGGAAGAUUAUUCCAGGGAUGAAGACCAUCUCGCUCUCAUGAUUGAGUUGCUCGGUAAAAUCCCUCGUCACUAUGCUCUGAGUGGGAAAUACUCACAGGAAUACUUCAGCAAGAGAGACCAUAUAGCGCUGAUCAUUGAGCUGCUGGGGAGUGUCCCACGCAAACUCAUAAUGAAUGGCAAAUAUUCCAAGGAUUUUUUCACCAAGAAAGGUGAUUUAAAACACAUCACCAAGCUGAAGCCGUGGGGCCUGCUGGAGGUGCUCAUCGACAAGUAUGAGUGGCCCCGCGAAGAAGCUGAGUGCUUCACUGACUUCCUGCUUCCUAUGCUGGAACUGAUUCCAGAGAAGAGAGCCACAGCUGCUGAGUGCUUGCGCCACCCCUGGCUCUCCCUCUAGUGGACACCUCUAGCCAUUGCACCUUCCUUUUCCUCCUCCUUUUUUUUUCUCUCCAGAGACUGCAACAGAUCACUUUCCAAUUUGGGCAUAUCAGAUGAAUAUUUAUUUCUCUUUUUCGUUCAUUGUUUUGGAUUUCUUAUGUUCUUUGUUAUUGAACUAAUGCUUCUGUGUAUGUAUGUACUCGUCGAUUCUUCUCUUGGUGUGACGACAUCGGGAAUCCAGUGGAUUGUUAUUACUUUGUGCUCAUGUUGGCUCCAACUGCUGUGCUCCGUUCACCUACCCAACAAAGCAAAACUGUUAUUGUACUGCUAGUGACUCAUCCUUGUUUGUUACACUCCUGCACUAAAACACAAACAAAUCAAGGAUAUGUAGCCUUUAUUGGUCAUUUGUCCCCUUUAAAAGGACCUGUUCUCUCUUCUUUUCUCGUACAUUUUCAUUAGUGCUGUGUUGUUUUUUAAAUGACUUAUUUUAUCUUCUAUUACACAUGUAAGGUAUAUAUUUUGUAUUUGUAAAGUAGGCUUAGGAAGUUGCACACUGGGCUGACAUUUACACUGACUGUGGUAAUAGCAUUUCUGCAAAUAGACACUCUAGUUUACCUGAAACAUCCACUGUCUGAUGAAGUAGGUCACAUGAUUUAGACAUAACAUUAGAGUAGGUUAGCUCUAGAUAAUAAAUGAGAUCGUUCAUUCUCAUGGGAGGCUGGUAUUCUCAUACAUUGAUUCAGGAAUAUAGUGUUUCAAAAGGUUUCAAUAAGGUGACGUGUUAAGAAGCCCAAUCGAAAGGAAAAAAGUGAAAAUAAACUGUAUAUAUCUGUACCAAAGAGUUUGCCUUUAUGUAUAUUACAGUUAUGUACAGUUUUUAACAAAUCUUAUAUCUUAGCUAAAAUUAUUUAGCUGGGUAGCUGUGUUUUAAUAAAGCGUAUGGAAGAUGUGUUUGAGCUCAGUUGUAUGUAUGGCCAACUGUUCAAUAAUGUCACUGUUUUUAGAAAUGGUGAGAUCUGGUGUUCUGUCAAGGUGUCCAAAAUUGAUCAUAUCAAAGUAAACUAUCUGUUAAAAUGGAAAUUAAAAAAAGACAAAAUUUACGUCAGAUUCAAGAUCUUAGAGUUUGUGUGAGCUGUCAAUUUACAAAAAUGUACCACACACCAUACAAUAAAACAGAUGUUCAUACAACAAUCAAUGACU